GUGAGAGGUAAGCUGGCCAGCAAAUCCAAAGCCACAGCCACUGACACACACUGGCGGCGGCGGCAGAGUGUAAACAACGUAGAGGAGGACCAGCCACAGGACUUCAUAAUGGAAUGUGAAUGUUACAAGAUACCUGAGACAAUUCCAAGAGAAUUUGCUGAUGUUACUUCUGCAAGUGUUGCAUUCUACAAACUUGUUAACACACUGGAUCAACUUGAAGGAGAAGGAUGUAUAAAGGAGCAUACUCUUAUUGCCACCACCCUGGGCUACCUGGUUGAGUUCCAUGAUGGGAAGGUGAUACGCUCCAACAAACUCCCCUCAAAACAUGUUACCAAAAUUGUGGUUCAUCAUGAGUUUCAGCCAUUGCAGCUGUUUAUAGUGUUGUUGUUCAACACCCAUAAAGCCGUCAUCCUGUCAUAUAAUGACUUCAAGACAGUUAAUGAAUGGGAAGACAUCUGUGAUAUAUGCUCUGAAGAUACUGAGGCCACUGGUGUAGCACAACUAAUGUUCUCCCAACUUUCAGGAGACAUUAUAGCCAUAUCUAGAAAAAAGUUGCUGCCUAUGAGUGAUGAUCAACAUCCAGAGGAAGAAAAGGGAAGGAGUGAUGCUGUAGAGGCAUUAGGACAGAGGCUAAAAAGUGGCAUUAGGCACGUACAGCAAUUGAAUUCACAAAGAAGGAUGAUGGAGAAAUUCAUUGCUCAAAAAUUACUGACCUUACAGUCACAACUUAAAGGACUUCAUGACCCUGAUGAAACUAAACUGAUGGCAGUAUUGACUAUAGAAGGAGAUGGUCAGGAGAGCAAAGAAAGCAGAGGAAUGGCUGUCAGGCUUGGGACUUCACAUUUAAAGAUACUCGAUGUGAAACACAAGAUUGUUCAUGACAAAUGGGUCAUUGGUCUUAAUGUUAUUAAUGAUAGUGAGAGGUAAGUUAUACAUUGUUCAUGACAAAUGGUAUUAAUUGUUGGUUAGUCACUUAAUAUUGAAACAUUUGAAGAACAACUUCCCUUAGGUGCAUCACUUGGGAUUGAAGCCAGAAGUGUCAUUGUAAACAUAAAAAUAACCACAAAAUAUGUUGUUCUUAUGUU